CAACGCUACGAAACACCUGAUUCGCCGACUGGGCAUCGCAGUCGUCGAGUCGACUGAUCCUCGAAAGGCUUCUUAUCCUUGUUACCAUACCCUCUUUCCCCCUCGUUGCUUCGUUUUCUCCAUCCUUGAGCGCAUUCAGCGUAUAGCUGGCGCUGCACUUUACUUCUUGAGUCGAGUCGAAGGCUUAGCAAAAGUCUCGCGACAGUCGGCUUUGCCACCCUCUCUUCCCUUUCCCUAUCUCUCUGCGGCCCCCUCUUCUCAUUGCCCACCAUGUCCUAUCAACGCCCACACGACCCUUAUAUGCACUCCAACGCCUCGCAGUACGACAAUCAGUACUCUGGGCACUAUGACUCCCCUGGCCAACAGUACGGUUCGCAGCAGAGCGGAUACCACUACGGCUCGCAGACGCCGCAGAGCGACCACUACUAUAAAGAUGGAAGCUACGGUGGUGCGCCUGGCUCCGGCAACAAUCCGGCCCAAGCUACCGCUGCCAAGUACUCGUAUGCGCCCGCCAAGAAGGGCAAGUCCAAGUGGGUCAAGUGGGGAAUUCCGCUUGGUAUCCUAGCCAUCCUCAUCAUCGCAGGCGCUGUCCUCGGUGGUAUCUUUGGCUCUCGUGCUGCCAGCAACAACGGCGGACAGAAGACGGGCGCCAGCACGUUCUCCGGCCAGGAAGGCUCAAAGAAGCCUAGCAACAUCGACUCGUCCGUCGCAUCUGCAGCUUCGAGCGCUGCGGCAGCCGGUGGCGGUGACCAGCUCACUUAUCAGGGCACCGACCUCUACGGCAACCCCGCCUUCCUCUCGACGGCUACUACCGCUAGCCCUACGGGCAACGGCCAGGAGGUCGCCACCUGCACCGACAACAGCCCUCCUAGCGGCUCCCUCACCUCUGGCGCUCUCCGUGACCACCCUCGUCUCAUGGCUGCUCAGUACGAGUGGGACUGCUUGCCUCAGAAGAUUGCAAAGGACGCCUACCUGACCGUCUGGAACGCAUCCAUCUUUGAGAAUGCGACAAACUGGGCCAACCAGCCUCCUACUGCCUACGACGUCGACGGCGGCUUCGACGGCUCUGGUAUCCUCGACCCCGCCCGUGAUGUCCAGCAGCGCAUCAAGGCUUGGGCUUACGCCUACCGCAUCUCCAAGAACACCAAGUGGGUCGACCGUGCCUGGACUGAGCUCCAGGCUGCUGCGGGCAACUCGUCGACCGACGUCUGGAAGCCUUCUGCUGUCCAGGCUGGCCUCGCCGACGACCAAGUCUGGAAUCCUGCUCACUUCCUCGACACGGCUGAGCUCACCGCCGCUUUUGGUAUUGCCUACGACUGGCUCUACGACGUCUGGACACCCGACCAGCGUCAGAAGAUCAUGUGGUCGAUUAUUACCAACGGCCUCAACCAGGGCAUGACCCAGUACUCGACGAGCGCUGGCUGGUGGAAGAACACCAACGGUAACUGGAACUGCGUGUGCAACUCUGGUCUCCUCCUGGGCGCCCUUGCCAUCUGGACCGAGGACCCGACUGGCACCGCAGCCAAGAUUGUUCAGAACGCUGUGCCCAACAUGCAGAGCAACUGCAUGCAGGGCGCCUAUGAAGACGGAACCUGGUCCGAGACGGCCAAUUACUGGUACUUUGGCACUGAUGCUCAGGCUCGCGCCAUGUCUUCUCUCCUCACCUCGACGGGCAACGACCAGGGACUUCUCUCUGCCAACCAGGGCUGGGGACAGACUGGUCUCUUCCACAUGUACGUGACUGGCCAAGCUGGUCUUUUCGCGUACGGAGACAACGGACCCAACAAGUACUCGACGACGGCCAACGGCAUGUUCCUCUGGGCCAAGCAGUACAAGAUGCCCAUCUACGGCCUCUUCCAGCGUGACCGCGCCGACGCAGCCGACCCGCUGAGCAUGUUCUGGUACGACACGUCGUCCAAGGGCGCCUUCUGGAACGGUCUCGCUCUCGACAAGUUCUUUGACAACGAGCUCGGCUCGUGGGCUAGCAUGCGCAGCUCGUGGACCGACACGUCGGGCACCUACAUCGGCGUCAAGUCGUCCAACGCUACUGGCCACCAGACGCACGGCGACCUCGACGCCGGAGACUUUGUCUUUGACGCCCUUGGAACCCGCUGGGCUGGCGAGUACGGCUCGGCCAACUACCUCUCGACCGACUACUUCAAGUCCGAGGCAGACAAUGCCGUCCGCUGGCAGUACUACCGCAAGGGCACGCAGGGUCAGAACACGCUCGUCAUCAACAACGAGAACCAGGCGGCCUCGUGCCACCCAAUCAACAAGAUGGAGACGACCGGCGUGAAGCAGACUGGCGCAAUUGACUUUGUCCCCGGCAAGUCUGACGUCGCCUACUUCACCACGGACAUGUCCUCGUGCUACAACCAGGCCAGCAGUGGCUCGGUCCAGCGUGGUAUCCGCUUCCUCAACGGGCGUCGCCAGAUGCUCGUUCAGGACGAGAUCAAGUCGUCGAGCUCCAUCACCUCGGUUGAGUGGCGCAUGCAGACCAAUGCCACUGUCACUCUCUCCGACGACAAGAGGACGGCGACGCUCAAGAUCAGCAAGGUCGAGAACCCCAACGCCUACGGUGGCGCUGACGAGCCUUUUGUGCAGUCUCUCCCCAAGACGGAGACGGUCAUUCUCACCCUGCAGCAGCCCUCUGGUGCCACCUUCAGCACGCAGGGUCCGCCCGCCGAGCGCGAGUACGGCUCUGACCCGAACACGGCGGCCAACGAGGAGGGUGACCAGCUCAACAAGGGCGUCACUGUUCUCUCGAUUAAGGCUCCCAGCCCUUCGGGCACCAUUGCCGUUUGGUUCCAGCCGCAGUGGGACAACCUCAACGACGCGGACAAGACGGCUCCUCCGUCGGUGGCGCUGUCUGACUGGUCAUUGACCAGCCACAACUAAGGAGACCGAGUGGGCCGCCUAGGGCUCCCGGCCACCCUCAAAUCCACUUCUCCUUUGUAGCUAGCUAUCCUUCUCUCUUUCCCGUGAUCGCUUCCGUACACCUAGCCUGGCGCUCGCUCGAAGCCACGCCCGCGCGCGCGCACACACACACACACACUUUCCUUGUUCAUCGCUAUCAAUCGGACUAUGCCUUCUCUCGAGAUGCGUCUUCUCGUCGCGCUCGGAUUCCUUAUUGGCCCUCACUCCCG